CUCCCCAAAGAGCUUUCACUGGAAGAUUUUAAGAAGGGAUUGGACAGCCACUUGUCUCAAAUUGUAUAGGGUCUCCUGCUUGAGCAGGGGGCUGGACUAGAAGACCUCCAAGAUCCCUUUCAGCUCUAUUCUGAUUAAGGAAACAAGUUAAGUUGCAGGGCCUAGUGGGCGGCGGGAAAGACGCAAAGCCGAAGGGGAACGCAUGUCGCAAAUAGCGUUGCGUGUUGCGUGAGAGUGGCUGAGAAAGCGCAAAGUCAGUAAGUUGCAACACAAAAGCUGAGAGGGAGGAGCGAACCUUUCUGCUGCCCCGGGCUGAGCAAAAAGUGUGCUUGGCGGGCGGAACGGCUCUCAGCAACUCACGGUCGGCAGAAGCAGAGAGGUGCAAGGAGCAGAAGCAGCCCGGCCUAGUUCUUUAGUGGAAAUCGGCAAAGAUGCGAAAGAUGCAUGAAAUUUUGGAUAAUGAAGUCACUCUGGCAUUUGUUAGAUAUGGACUCAUUGUUAUUGGGAAAAUGAUGCUCAUGAGCACAAUCACUGCUUUCGUCCGAAUGAAGAAAAAGGCGUUUGCUAAUCCUGAAGAUACAGCAUCGUUUGGAAAAGGAGAGAAUGCGAAAAAGUUUCUAAGGACUGAUCCUGAUGUGGAACGUGUACGGAGAAUUCAUCUCAACGACCUGGAGAACAUUAUUCCAUUUCUUUUCGCUGGGUUCUUCUAUUCUUUUUGUGGCGUGACCCUCUCUACCGCUUUGAUGCACUACCGGAUUUUUCUCGGUUCUAGGAUCUUCCACACCCUUGCUUACCUGAUACCGCUUCCCCAGCCCAGUAGAGCUUUGGCUUGGAUGGCUGGUUACUUAGUGACCUUUUCAAUGAUGUACAAGAUUGUAAUGGUUGCUUUCACUAUGUCUUAGAAAAGAAAGCUAACACUAUUUUCAGCCUGUCGUACUUUGGAGAGUGCCUUGUCCAAUCAAUAGAAGAGAAUAUAUUUUAGCUCUGGGUUGAAUUGUGGACUCCUUGGUGCUCUCUGAACUUGUUUGUUUGUUUGCAAUGUUACAUUACCCAACUAGGUAACGUUAUCAGUGCUACUGAGUGUGGAUUUUUCUCCCUGUUUAUAUAUAGUACCCUCAGUGUGCCACGUCUGGUGGGAGUGUGGUUUUCUCCUUGAUUCGAGGAAUUAUCAAAGCCGUAUAAAUAUGAUAAAUGAACCUUGCUGAAUCAAGGAAUUACUAAAGAGAAAAACCACAGCCCCAUCAAAACUGGAAGGACAAGCUGCUCUAUAUAAAUGGAACAAGCCCCAAACUCGUGAGCAUUGAUAAUGUUACCUAAUUGGGUAAUGAAAUGCCUGCGAACAUCCAAGCUCAACAAGCACCAAGGACUCCACCAUUAAUUCUUCUUCAGAGAAACUCUUUCGUCUCUGCCUCCCAACUUUCCAGAAGGCAUACUUGUGCCUUCAAGAAUCUUGGACCUCUAGUUGCUUUUUGGACCUAACAGUUCUAGAACUCUUUUUUUUUUGCCAUUAUAUGCUAAAACUGUUUUGUAUGGAGAAUCUGUCUUCCAAGGAAAUGUGUCCCUGAUUCUUCCUUCCUCUUAAUGGAGCAUCACUCAGUGAUAGUGCAAAUACUUGGUAUCCUAGGCACAGUCUCUGUUAGCAUAAAAAGUCAAAUAUAAGACAGUGGUUAUAUUCUUUUUUUCUCAUUCCUUCCUCUCACUCUCAAUAUGUGAGAAAUUCAGUGUGAGUGAUUAAAUCUGAAGCCAUUACAUACACAAAACAUUGGCUCUGCCACUGAGGUGAUUUCUCUCUACAGUUUUGCCUUUUUUUCCACAGUAACUGAGGCUGGUUUAUCCUCUGUUGUCUUGUCUAAUACCCAUGUUUUCUAUUUUUCAAACAAGAUUGUGAGCCAUGACGUACAUGGAGGCAGGUUUUUUUGAAGGUGUCAAAUGUGGAAGACUGACAGUAAGACCGUGUUCUCUAACUUAGGGCCAUCCUGAUAUCUUAUGGUCGUUAUCAGUGGUUCUGGUUGGAAAUAACAAACGUUGUAGACCACCACAUUUGGAGACCCACAAGCUGGAGAAGACUAUUACAAAGAAUGGCCACUCUCUUUGACUUUCCAGUUACAUCAGUUUGAUGGCUGUUGGCAAAAACGAAACAAGGAUGAGUUGGAUUUCUGGUGUAAUCCACUAAAUCUUUCUUGGAUUUGCUGGCAAAACUUCCUUGUUUCAGUGUUAUGAGAGAAGGAAGAAUGUUCCUCAGUUUUUAAGCUUUGGAACCUGGCCUACAAUAAGCGAUGGUAGAAUCCCUUUUUCUGGGAUACUAUUUUUUCUAGGAUAUUAAUUCUUUAAUUUGUAAUUUUUGAGACAUUGCAUUAUUCCUGCAAUAAAUGCAGGUCAUAUGAGAAGCAAAUAGGGCUUACUCUAUGUUACAUCUUGAGUGGUUGAGAUGUAGUUUUCUAGAUGACCUCAGAAUACAACUCCUUUUAUCCCUGGUGAUUAGCUAUGCUAACUGAUGAAUUUUGGAAGUUCAACAGUAUCCAGAAAGCUAUACAUUUUGGUAGGUCCUAGGAUUGUAGAUCUGGGAAGUUAACUGUGUGUUUGAGACUCACAAAGCAUGUCUCAGUUCCAACUCUUUAGGCCUGUUAACUUCUCAUCGUCAUCCUGAGUUGAGUUCUUGUUUGAUUCCUGAAUAGUAAAUUUAAGCCAAUGGUUCAGAUUGAUAGUUCCACAACAUCUGGAGAGUCAUAGGUUCCCCACCUGUCUUCUAUGUUUUGAAUGCACAAGGCCAGAAGCUAGAAGUUAUAAACCAAUUAAGAGAAUUUGUACUUUGAAUGGUUGGGCUUUGAAUGUUUCACGAUGUUUGACGUUCCUCGUGUUCUAUCAGUGUUCCAAAUACUUUGGUUAAAUUUAAGUUGGUUUCUGUUCCCGUUUCUGUUUCUUAAGAUUUGAACCUUGUGAACAACUUCCUUUAUUCCUGCUUUCUCCUUCACAUGUUGUCUUAGCUCAUGCAAGCUUUAAGAUUUUUAAUGUGCACCAUCUCUCUUUUGAGGGCACAUAUAAAUGGUAAUUUUCUACAUAUGCUAUUUUGGGAUGUAUCUUUUUGAAGCAUAAAUAAUAAAGACAACAGCAGGAAAAAAAA